AUAUUAGUCACGAGAGUGAAUAGACGCAUCUAUUUUUCUCUCUGAUAUUGAAUUAAUUUUGAGCUUAUUGGAUAGAUAGAAAGGAGAUUUUUUCGAUUUUUUAUAAUCAGAACAAUUUUUCAACAUCUGUGGAGUGAUUAAAAUCAACAUUUAAAAAGGUGUGAAGUGAUUUUCACAGAUUUUCUUUUUUGAAGAGACUUGAAUUUUUCCUUUGUUAAGUGAGACAAAUUUUUUCAUCUGAAAGAGUGAAAAGGACAGUGAGAUGGCGGCAGCGCCGAUUGGCGCGGGCCGAAAAAGAACGAUGAAUUUGAUAACGGAAUCAGAAUUCCCUCCAUUGGACUCUGGUGGUCAGAAGAGUAAGAGGAAUAGAAACAUUUUUGUGUUUGGGAGAGGAGAAGAGAGUGAAAGCCCUCGAUAUUUGGUUGUUGAGAGAAGUGAUGAUGGUGAGAGUAUGAAAGCGCUCUCCGUGUUCAAGGUGAAGAGAGAGAUCAGCAAGUUAGUGGGGAAGGUGAAGCGUUUGCAACCGCUGUUGCAGGGUAAAUCGCUACUUAUUGAGAUUGCGUCGGAUGAGCAAGCGGAUAAGCUACUCAAAUUGAAGAAUUUGGCUGGAAAACCAGUUAAAAUUUCAUGGCACCCAUCAAUGAACAAGAGCAAGGGGAUAAUUGCGUGCUACGAUUGGACGUAUAUUCCUCUCGAAGAGCUAAAAGAGGAGCUUAAAGCAUUCAAUGUAUCUGAUGUUAAAGCAAUCAAGAGGAAAGUUGAGGGAGGAAAGAUGAUCGACACAGGCACAUUUAUUGUGACCUUCGAUUCGCCGAAGUUGCCAGAAUCCAUUGACGCGUUUUAUUACCCUCUCAAGGUGAAAACCUUCAUACCCAACCCAGCUAGAUGCUUCAAAUGCCAGAAGUACGGGCAUUUUGUGGAUAAAUGUCGUAUGGCAAAGAAGAUUUGUGCAAAGUGCUUGCAUAACGAGCACGAAGGAGAAUGUGUACAUCCACAUGUGUGUGCGAACUGUGGGGAGGAUCAUCUCUCGUGGUCCAGGAAAUGCACAGUUUUCAAGCAAGAAUUUUCUAUUAUGAAGAUAAAGGUCACACAGAAGAUCUCAUAUUUUGCGGCUAAACAGGAGUACAUGAGGACUCGGAGCAUGGAUUUAUCUUUUGCUGAAACCGUGGCAAAAUCGAAGGCUACAAAGUUGAGGAAGCAAAUUAGUGGAGCUGGGAAGACUGUCUUUCCUGGUUAUGAACAAGACAAGCCAGAGUCUGCCGGAGUCAACGGGGUGGGACUUCCCUCCAUAGAGUUCGUAGAGUCAUUGAGAAUGGAUAGAAUGGAAACUGAUGAAGCACAACCUGGAUCAUCAAAGGAUGGACAGCCUUCGAGUGUCUCCUUAGGAGGCACAUCUUUGGGUGCUAAGGCUGACCUUAGCACCGGUAACAUCUCAAAAAUCCCUUCUACAGGGACAGUAAUCAAAAAUGCCUUGAAUACUUUAAUUGAAGAAGAUAUUUAAAUUUCUUAAAUUUCACACUAAAAAUGUAGUAGCUAUAGUUGAAUGAAUUUUAAAGGGACAUAAUUGUAUUUUUGGAGACAAAAAACAAGAUUUGUCCCAGGAGUAAUGGAAUUUGAAUUUAUGAAAGUGAAGUUAUAGCUAAACUUGGUUGUAGUUUACAAUUAUUUAGUAGCUGCAUUUCUUCAUUUAAUCACUAAUUUUCUUUAUAAAAAAAAUUGUCAAAGUUUUCUAUAAUUUGUUUAAAAAUUAGACAUAUCAUAGUUUAUUUGUAUUUGGUUCCCCUAAUGGGUGACAAAGUUUCUUCUUUAUUUGGGAAGUACCUCUUUUAUUGUAAUUUUUAUGAAAAAUUUGUAAUUUAUUAUACACUCUAUGGCUACGG